AUGCCUACAAAAUAUAUUAUAGAACAUUUAGAUGAGUUAGAAGAAUGGUGUAUACUUGAAUAUAUACAUAUAUGUGAUAUUGUAAAAGAUACAAAUGCAAUAUUUACUAAAUUUGAAGCAAAAUUUAGUGAUAUAUCUAGUAUACACAAACCUAAGUGUUAUAGUGAAUCAAUAAAUGAUUUAAAAACAAAUUUUAAUUGGGAUAAAAUAUGUUUAUUAGAUAUGAAAGCAAGUGAAACAUUAAAAUGUAAGGAUAAAGAUAAAAUAGAUUUUUUGUUAUUUGGUGGCAUUUUAGGAAACGUACCAUCAGAUGAUAGGACAUCAGAAUUAAGAAAAUUUCGUUUUAAUAUUUCAAGAAAUUUAGGUAACAUGCAGAUGACUACAAACACUGCAGUACUUGUUUGUUAUAUUAUUUUAAAUGAUCAAAUUGAAUUAGAAGAUAUACCCUUUAUUGAUGAACCAGAAAUAAAUCUUAAAAAUAACAAAGAAUCUAUAAUGCUACCAUUUCGUUUUGUUUCUAAAUAUUAUUAUACGAAAAACGAAGAUGAUAGAAAUACUCCUGUUUUACCUAAAAACUUCAUGGAAUAUUUAAUAAAAUUAGGUGACCAACAACUUGAUGUUAACUCUUUUUUAAAUGAAUAA